GGAUCCUGACUACUCUUUGAAGAAAUCUAUUGAUGCCUCAGUGAACGAGGUUGUUAACGUCGCUAAGCUGCUGCUAACGGCCACGGAUGAGGGGAGAUCUAUUGGUGCCUCCAUGAACGGGGUUGUUAACGUCGCUGAGCUGCUGCUAACGGCUACGGAUGAGGAGAGAGACAGAUAUUAAGAAAAGAAUAAUAUACAAAUUAAAUCACCACCUCACCUGACCUGACCUCUACGCCCCCACAGGUACGGAAACUGAUCCUUAACGAGUGCGACAUGGUCCUGCAGUGCAAGGUGUGCAAAAAUUUGUUCAGCUCGGUCGAUAAUUUCUUGACGCACAAACGAAUUUACUGCCAGGAAGAGUUUGCUGAUCGGACACUUCUUCACCGCGCAACACCCGCUUCGCAACACCCGAGACUUUCUGUACACCAGCGUUCCCAUCACGGCCCCAUGAGUUGGAUAUCCACCUGUCCCAUCCGCCAGGCCUCUUUUGUCACCACGUUGGCCGUGACUGAGCAGCUGGAGAAAUCCGUUAGCAGCAGCUCAGCGACGUUAACAACCCCGUUCAUGGAGGCACCAAUAGAUCUCCCCUCAUCCGUGGCCGUUAGCAGCAGCUUAGCGACGUUAACAACCUCGUUCACUGAGGCAUCAAUAGAUUUCUUCAAGGAGUAGUCAGGAUCCUCGGGGAGCUCCAGCACCGUCAUUACAUGCUGUGUGGGUGAAAACAGUGUUGAUUUAUCAGAAGGAAGAGGAGGAUGCUGCAAUGUUGCCGGAUGUCCCUGCUCCACCCGUUGAAGUAGUAUUUCUUUGUACGCAAGCUCUAUCUCCUGCAGCAGAUGACACCCCUGCACCUCCACCCGUUCCCGAAUUCUUUCCUCCUUUGACUUUUUUCCUCCUCCUCCUUUGGUCUUGGAAGAGGAGGAUGAUGAUGAUUUGGCAAAAACGGAAGAGGAAGAGAAAGGAAGACUGCUUGCCCCUUUUACCAAGUCGUCUUGCCCCUUUUACCAUGUCGUUGUUCGGCAUUCUGGAAUAAUAGUACUACUGCUAGUACUACUAGUACUACUGCUAGUACUACUAGUGCUAGUAGUAAACAAUUAAUACCUAAGCUAACUUAACCUAACCUGAUUUUCCUUGUCUCCUGCCCCCUCCCCCCAACACCCAGUCUUCCACCACAGGACACAUUCACCACAGCUCUACCACAUCACAAUUCUAACCACACAUCACCUCUAACUGCAAAUAAACAUAAGAGAAAUGUCAGAAAAUAUACUUGUUGUUUUAACCUCACUGGAAUCACAAAACGGAUAUUUUUCCAGAUUUUAGGCCAUUCCAGUCCAUUCCAGGCACGGUAGCUUGCUUGUUUCCAGAUUUUAGGUCAUUUCAUUCCAGUCCAGACAUGGUAGCUUGCGUGUAUCAUUCCUAAUAUUGCUACGAGCCACUGGAAACCUAAGUAACGAGUAUUUUAAAGCCACUCACGAGAUAUUGUCAAAAUUGAAAGAAUCUUAAACCUAGCUGCAAUGCUGGAUGGGGGUCAUGGCUUAGCGACAGGCGACAGUUGUAAAAAACGGCUCGAAAUCCGAAUUGGGUUAUGUAAUUAGUGGGGGUGACAAUUGCGGUCACAAAUUAAGAAACACUAACACCACGUAACUGUCACUCACUCACCUUAGACAUGUGACGUUAAUAAAGUUGAUGAAGCAGACCUAAACGUAACUCCACACAGCGUCACACUCACGCACGCACGCACGCACUCACUCACUCUCACACCACAUGACACAAAAUACGAACAUUUUAACCCACAGAGCCGACGCUCAUUACCUCGCUCAAUUUCUCUACACGCACACACUCUUCUUUCACGCACCUUAGUAAUAUGAAGCUGCUACGGGUGGUGCAACACUCCUUCACGCACCUCUGCACCCCGCCACGCUCACGCACAGUCAGUGAAUGCGUCACAAAGUGGAAUGAAGGCAAGGAAGAGCACUCGCCUCCUGUGCCCGCGGCCGCCCUCAGUAAUAGGUGCGUCACGUGACCCUGCGCGCGUCGCUGUCCUAAUUAUCGCAGGUGACCACUAAACACAAUGCACUCGUGGUGAUGGGACAGGUAUGCGCACUGAGAUAGAUCGAUGACAAUGUAUGUGUGUGUGUGUGUGUUGAUGUGUUUUACUUCAUGGAUUAAAUAUUAUCGUUGUU